AUGAAGUCAAUGAUCAUUUCCGUUUUCCUAAUUUUUUCCCAACUUUGUGUCAUCAAAGCAAAGCCAGAUUUCUACCCGUACGGACCUGCGAAUGGAGAUUCCGCCCUGGCUAAACAAGACGAUGCUUUUACGACAAUUAACAUCAAUUUUGAAUUUCCGUUUUUUGGGAAAACCUUCUCUCAGAUUCACAUAAGCACAAAUGGAAUUAUUUUUUUCGGACAAGGUAGCACUCAAUACGUGCCAACUCCUUUUCCAAUUAACGGUACACUAUCGGUUGCAGCAUACUGGGUUGACAGUGAUCCAAGAAUGGGUGGUGAUAUUUAUUACAGAGAAGAAUUUGAUCCUGCUAUAUUGAAUCAAAUAAAUAGAUUUAUAAAAAGUAAAUUUGUUCAGUUUAAUACGUUCACGAGCUCAUGGUCACUUAUUGUAACGUUUAGCAACGUCUCUAGAUUUGGUUGUCAAGGAAGUGCCGUAUAUCCAUGUCAAAACGUAGUCAACCAUCAAACCAUCCUAACUAGCAACGGCAUACAUUCGUUUGUAAUCUUCCUUUACGACAGACUGGAAUAUUCAAAUGCUCAGAUUGGAUUCAAUGCCGGUGAUGGAAAAAGAUUUUACCAGGUUGAUUACUCUAAUACGGUUAAUAUAUCAAAAUACGCUUUAGAAAAUAGUAAUGUUGGUUCUCCAGGUGAAUGGCUGUUUUCAAUAAGUGAUGAAAUUGCCUCUGCAUGCAAUUCAUUGGGAAUGCUGGAAAUUUAUCCUAUGAAAGUGCUAUAUUACGGACAGCAAGAUUUGUUCAUAAGUGGACCUUGUUUCGACGAGAGCAUAAAUGAAGUUGAUGUUAAAUUUGGGAAUGAAGAAAUAGUGAAAUGCCAAAAAGAAGGAAAACUUAAGCUUAAAUGUUUAACUCCGUAUUUUGAUUCCAGCAGCCGAAUUUCAAUUACAUUAGAAUACAAAAAUGUGUCAUACAAGACUUUUCUUCUGUCAUACGAUUUUAAAGAUUCGCUUGUGAAAAAUAUCUCAUAUUAUUUUCAUAAUGAAGGCGAGGAUAAUUAUCCAGCGUUUCAAUGGGAUCGGACGAUGUUUGACAUGGAAACCGUUGAGUUGCGAGGUCUAAAACAAAUCAUUAUGAGAGAUGAAAAUGGAAAUUUAAUUCAUGAAAAUAUAAAAUUUAUAAAAAAAAUUAAUAACACUGGAGUUUACAGCGUAACUUUAUUGGAAAACCAAUUAAACUUGAACGAUAAUAAUGGUCCAACUGCUUCAAAAGUUUUAGCUAACGUUGUCACGACUCGAUAUCUUUUAAACAUUUUUUCACGCGUAUUUGUAACUUAUCUAGCCAACAGAGUAUUUAAUGACAUAAUGUGCCAAAAUUGGUACAAUAAUGAAAAAGAUACUGGAGAAAUAAAUCGGAUUAAAGAAGAAGAAUCAAGAAGAAAUCCUUGUCAACCAACUGUGCCUGGCAACUUUCCAGAACAGCUAAACGGUUUUUCGAGAGACGAUGCAUGUAAUCCAACUCUUAGAGGAACUGCUGGUUGUUUUCUUUUUCAUAAUGGUGCUAAAGGGUGUUACAGAAGUACUAACAACCCAAACAACAUAGCUGUCCAGUGUUGCUACAAUAGUAACAACAUGUUAAUUGUUGGACCGCCAGGUGGAGGAACGUUGGAUUUAUAUGACUCCGAAAAAUCAAAAUGGGAACAUUUCAAAGUUGAUGUUUUACCAUACUUUCAAUGUUGCAUCUUUUCUGAUCAGUGUGACAAAUACUAUGAAAAACGACCUUCCGUUGAUUCCAGGCAUUACGUUCCACCACGUCCUGUGCCGGCCCGAGGUGAUCCGCAUUUCACUACGAUGGAUGGAACUUCUUACGAGUUCAAUCCGGUUGGAGAAUUCGUUUACUUGCAAGUACCAAACACCACGGUACAAGCGAGAAUUAAGCAGUACGUAGACAGGAACAAUGUACCCAAGCCGGCAAGCUACUUUGCCGCGUUCGCCAUAAAAAUUUACGACGACCUGACUUUACAGAUUGAGUUUACAGCUACAAAUAAAUUACAAUUAAAAGUUGAGGGUGUGAUUUGGGAUGAGGAAUCGUUAUCUUUACCGGAAGUUAGUGCAGUAAUCAACACCACCCUCAUCAGCCUGCACACAAUAACUGGACUCAGUUUUCAGUUUUACAACUUGAACAACAUGAUUCAUGUUAUAACAGCUUUACAACCCAGUCUUAAAGGACAAGUCUCUGGUUUGAUUGGAAAUUGGGAUGAUGAUCCGUCGAAUGAUUUCAUGCUGCCCAAUGGGACGUGGAUUCCAAAAACAUCCUCACCUGAAGACAUUCAUUUCAAAUUUGGCAUGUCGUGGGCAACAACUGAGAGGACAAGCAUUUUCAGCUAUCCUGAUGGUUUGAAAUGGAGUGAUUACCGAAAUUCGAACUUUGCUCCAUUCUUCGGUCAACCAACAAACUCCUACCCUCAGUGUGGCAACAACUCUCAAUGCAUAUUUGACGCGUUCGUUACAGGAGAUGUGAAUGUCGGAUUGACUAAUGUUGUCAUUCAACAGGCAAGUGACAGGCAAGUAGUGGAGUACCAACAAAUGAAAAAAACAUGUAUCUCAGUCAUAAACAUUCUUCAUGCUACUGUCAAUAUUCAGAACAAUAGCGAUUUCACUCGUGUCAGCUACUCAAUUGCGUGCAAACCUGGUUUUGUACUGAACGGCCCAUCCUUUGUUAGUUGUGUCGACGGAGAACUGAGUGGAGAGUUUGGGAGUUGUUCAGCCGUAUCAAUUGAUCUUCCUACAACUACAUUUUUUAGAACUACAUUCAUAUCAAAGGCUUUCCAAUCAAGUUCGCUCACUCCUACGUUAUUGGUUUUUGUUCUACUGAAUGUUGGGAUGUUGGUCGGCUGCCGUUGA